AUGAGCAAGAAUGCUUCCGAAGCACUGCAAGCAGGGGACGACGGAGAUGGAUUAAUGAAGGGCAUGGAUGUCAUCAUGGAAGAAUCUGCCUUUCCUGCAACAGCAUUUGAUGAUGAUCAUAUGAAGCAAGAUGAGCAAGUGAUGAGUGUUAAUGGUGGUUGCGGUGAGAGGGAGAUCUGGUUUGGAAGAGAUCAUCGUGGUCAUGAUCAAGACAGUAGUCUACUUGAUGAUGAUGAUGAUGCUGAUGUCAAUAAUGAUCCUUGCUCCCUCUUCUACACUGACUUCCCUCCCAUCCCCGACUUCCCAUGCAUGUCUUCCUCUUCAUCAUCUUCCUCCACUCCCCUCCCUGCCAGGGCCGUUGCUUCCACAUCCUCCUCCUCUUCCUCCUCGUCCUCCUCCGCGGCUACUUCUUGGGCAGUUUUCAAGUCAGAGCCGGACGAUUCUUUCCACCGUAAUUCAGAGGCAGAAAUGCAGCGCUACCACCCCCUGGAGAGGCAGUGUGAUGAGGUGGUGAAUGCUGCUGCUGCGGCGGCGGCCUUGUCAUCCACCGCCUCCAUGGAGAUUCUUCCACUACCUGAUGACUACUGUAGCAACAGGGAUAUGAAUUGCAUGAAUGCGAUGGAGAAUUUCGGGUACAUGGAUCUGCUGGAUAACAGCGAUAUCUGGGACCCCUGCUCAAUUUUUGAGAGCGAAAACGUUAACCCCCCACAACAAGAUCAUGAUCACCAGUUUCAAGAACGGAAACCUGCAUCGUCAGCAUGCGCAACCCCCAACCACCAGGAAGACCAAAUACAAGCUCCCUCUCAGCAUCAUCAGCCUGUGGAGGAAGACGGAAAUGAUAAUGGAAAUGAUGGCGGGCUAUACUUUCUGCAAGGAAACAGCGAGCUUGGUGUUAUAUUCCUGGAAUGGCUCAAGCAAAACAAAGAUCACAUUUCGGCUGAAGAUAUGAGGAGUAUCAAGCUCAAGCGCUCUACCAUUGAGUGCGCCUCCAAACGUCUGGGCUGCACCAAAGAGGGCAAGAAGCAAUUGUUGAAGCUCAUUCUGGAGUGGGUGGAACAAUACCAGCUUCACAAAAGAAGAGCCACAGAAAUGGGUUCAAGAGCUGCAGCUGACUUUGACCCAAUCUCCUAUCACUAUCAUGAACAGGCACCGGCUGCUGCAGCUGCUCACGAAACCAUAAACCCUAACCCUAACCCUAACCCUAGCCCCACUACUACUGAUUUGAUUAACUGCAAAUCUGUUGUUCCCUGUAGUCAUCAAGAUCCAUCAACUGCUUGCCUUUCUCCCUCUCCAUCACCUUGGGUUCCACCUGCACCUCCAUGCGAGUCUUGUCCUAACUCCCUCGCGGCGCCAUUCCCGCCCACCAUGGGAGGAUAUGCGUGUGAUCCUUAUUCUUGUGCUGCAGCGGCAACUGUUGCUGUUGCUGUUCCCGUGUCGAACCAAACUAUGAAUAAUGCAAAUCUAUAUCUGGUUCCAGCAGAAUAUCAUCAACCCACGGACUCUCCUCAAUCGUGGAGUGGACCAUAUUCGAUGCCGCAGGCUCAGUACAACCCGUUCCCGGAUAAUACUAAACUUCCCGUGUCCGGCUCCCAAGCUCAAGCUCUGUAUGCAAAUCCAUAUCCGUAUCAGGUUUUUGAUGGGAGCAGUGGCGAAAGAUUGGUGAGAUAUGGUUCUUCAGCCACCAAGGAGGCCCGCAAGAAAAGGAUGGCACGCCAACGACGGAUUUCUCUGCACCAAUAUCGGCAUCAUCAUAGUCAUCAUCAUCAUACUCACCAAAAUCAGCCUCAGAGUCUAGUGAAUGAACAACAUGCAACGAGGAUCCCUGCUGUUGGAGAUGAUUGCACCUCCAACUCUCCAGCUAAUCCAGGGAAUUGGAUUUACUGGUCCCCUGCAGUUCCUCCGCCUGCUCCUGCUCCGAUGGCUUCGACUAUGCGGCCUUUGGUUUCACCUGAUGAACCAUCACAUAGGCAAGCACCAACUCAACCUGUGGAUCGGGCGUACCUGCAACCGCAGCAGAAUCAUCAGCGUCAGGUUCCAUCAUCUGAUAGAAAGCAGAGUUGGAAAACGGAGAAGAACUUGAAGUUUUUGCUGCAGAAAGUGUUGAAACAAAGCGAUGUGGGUAAUUUGGGAAGAAUUGUGUUGCCCAAAAAAGAGGCAGAAACGCAUCUUCCUGAACUUGAAUCAAGGGAUGGAAUCCCCAUAGCCCUGGAAGACAUUGGCACUUCUAAUGUCUGGAACAUGCGGUAUAGAUUUUGGCCAAAUAACAAGAGCAGAAUGUACCUUCUUGAAAACACCGGGGAUUUUGUGCGCGUAAAUGGACUUCAAGAGGGCGACUUUAUCGUCAUAUACUCGGACACGAAAUGUGGCAAAUACCUGAUAAGAGGAGUGAAAGUUCGGCAGCCAGGGUCAAAAUCAGAGGCAAAGAAGCCGGCAAGGAGAAACCAGCGUAAUGUGCCCCAAGCGGCCAAUAACUUUGCACUUGCAUCUUUCAAACAAACGGUGAAACGAACAACAAAUUAGAGGAGGAACAGCAACCAGCAAUAUGAAUGAAAGAAGAGAUGUGGCAUUUUCUUUUGACAUAUGGUUUUUGUGGUAUUGCUACGGAAUAAGUCUCAGCAAGGUCCAAAGGAUAUUUAACCAUUUCGAGACCAAAAUGGAAGACUCCAGUAUAUAUAUGCUUUAAUUUGCUUCAUCUCAGUAUAUGUUUCAAUUUGCUUCGUCUAGCAAUUUCCUAACCCGUUAAAAUGUUAAUCCCAGUUCAUUCUUUUUUGGUUGGCCCGCAAAGGGUGCAAGAAAAUUUGCUUAUUUUGGGUGUGUAUCUUUGCUGGUUUAACUGGUUUCUUCGACCAUGUAAUUUCUUAAAGCUCUGUAUGUUUACUAGUAUAAACUAGAACCUAGUGACCUGUACUCAGUGACUUGUGUACUUUUGAACUCCAUCAUGUAAAGUAAAAACGUCUUGUGUUGUUGAUCUGCA